UAUGUUGGUCCGAUACUCGAGCGAUAUACAGUCGAAACAGGACGUUAAGGUAGCGAGAGAGAGACAGACAGAGAGAGAGAGAGAAAUACAGCCCCACCCACACUGUUUUAUUCUCUUUCACAUAUAAAGAGCCAACAUCCGGGUCUUUCCCACUUCAGAAUCUCUUGCUUGUACUUUAGCCGCCUCUAACGGCUCCGUCUCUGCGUUUAAACCGCCUCAAAUUAACAGGAGCAGGAGUAACAGCACAUUUCUCCACUGUCAUCUGUCUUUCGGGCUCUGUUACGCACCACUGUCGUGAAACAACGUUACUAUAGUUACAACUAUAGGCGGAUACAAACUUCCUCUCGCCGUCCCGGUGUCCGCCCACUGUCGACACCCAGAAACACCCUGAAAUCUGGCAGGACCUGAAUUACAGGAGGCGCGUCUCUCUGUCCGUCACACAUCAUCGGUCUAUAAACCCACUUGCUGACUGAUAAGGAAGAAGGAACUGCCAAGGAAAUAACUUCGUAAGACAGCAAUCUGUUUUUGGUCGUUUUCCUUCUCAUCAUGCAGGACAGACGCGCUUUUCUCAGCCCCUUCCCCAGACCCAGGUGUCUGGCUGCAGCCGCCCCGGCAGGAAAGGCCAAGUUGACUCAUCCAGGGAAGGCGAUCCUGGCAGGUGGAAUUGCAGGUGGAAUAGAGAUUUGCAUCACGUUCCCCACAGAGUAUGUCAAAACACAGUUACAGCUGGACGAGAAAGCCAAUCCACCCAAAUACAGAGGGAUAGGUGACUGUGUGAAGCAGACUGUGCAGAGUCAUGGUGUGAGAGGUCUGUACCGAGGACUCAGCUCGCUGCUGUAUGGAUCCAUACCCAAGUCUGCUGUCAGGUUCGGAGUGUUUGAAUUCCUCAGUAAUCAUGCAAAGGAUGAGUCUGGUCGUCUGGACGGCACCAGAGGUAUGCUGUGUGGACUGGGCGCCGGGGUGUUGGAGGCCGUUCUGGUUGUUUGUCCAAUGGAAACUGUUAAGGUGAAAUUUAUUCACGACCAGACGUCAGCGUCACCCAAAUACAGGGGUUUCUUCCAUGGAGUUGGAGAAAUAGUCAGACAACAAGGUCUAAGAGGAACUUACCAGGGUCUCACCGCCACUGUCCUCAAACAAGGCUCCAACCAGGCCAUUCGAUUCUAUGUGAUGACCUCUCUGAAGAACUGGUAUAAAGGUGAUGACCACAACAGGGCCAUAAACCCCCUGGUGACCGGUCUCUUUGGAGCCAUAGCAGGAGCAGCCAGUGUAUUUGGAAACACUCCACUGGAUGUCAUCAAGACUCGGAUGCAGGGUCUGGAGGCUCAUAAAUAUAAAAGCACAGUUGACUGUGCUAUGAAGAUCCUGAGAUAUGAAGGCUUGGCCGCUUUCUAUAAAGGGACAGUCCCUCGUCUGGGCCGCGUCUGUCUGGACGUGGCCAUAGUUUUCAUCAUCUAUGAGGAAGUGGUCAAGGUCCUGAACGCCGUCUGGAAGACGGACUGAGCCGCUCCGUGAACCCAACGAAGAGUGUCCCGCUUCCUGCUUUCCGGGAAUCAGACACAGAUCCAAGUUUAGUA